GUGUAAAUACAAAGCAAAUACCACCCUAUGCUAUAUUUUCUUGAAGAACUUUAAAUUUUAUUGAUCCUGCAGAAACAGAAGUGUUACAAAUGAGGAAUUCAUUAGCAGGUUUUUCUUUCGGUGUGGUGAGAGGCGAAAACAAUAUCAAGACCAUGAUUCGUGUUAUGUAUGCGCUUUGAUUUACUGAUCUAUCAAUGCUUAUGUAAUUAACUGUUUUUCGCAUACAGAGACCGAAGUCACUUGAAGCGGCUUCUUAAUCCUGGUGCUUAAAACUCUUUUUUCAGCGUGUCUCUGUGUGCCUUAAGUGGUGCUUGGAACAAUUUGGUAAAACAGCAAAGAGAGCCAAAGCUGGUGACAUUGCGUUGUUGUCUGGGAAUCAAUACAGAGGGCUUCAAAUGGGAGUAUAUUUCAUACAUUCCGAUUCCCGAACUUGAGAACCAAGUGUGACUCGAAUAGAUGAGGCAAGGCGGGUCCAUGUCUUCAAUUUUAUUGGAUAAUGCAUGUCAUACGUCACUCAUUCAGAAGUAGAGUUUGGAAACUCGUCUUGCUAUAAAGCUUAUUUAAAGAACAAAGCCGCCAAAUCUCUGCUGUUUGUUUAUGGAAUGUGUACCCACCAUCGGAAACUAUUAAUUAGCCAUCAACGUUAGAAAGAUUAGUAAUUGAGCUAAAAUAUUGACUGUCGGUUACAAUUUCCACGAUUUUGAUCUGAUUUGAUAACAAGGUUUAUAAUCAAGACACAUUUGGACUGAUAUCACAUGAAUCUGUAUUCUUCUGAAGAGUAACACCAAAGGAUUCAUGAAGGCUUCACAAUGGAACGGUGCGGUCAGACAGUAGGAUUCUUCACUGGGCCCCUGUUUAUUUGCCUCUUUCUAGCAGGUUUCUCAAUCUUGCCACUGCUGGCGAUAGACAGCGAAAAGCACGACUUUCCUUUCGUGUCUAAAGAGAAACAACUCAUCAAGUUUCUCCUGGACCGCUAUGCCCAGUAUGGCCGGAUUGGUAGACCCGUCAUCAACACGUCCGAAAUCAUUACGGUCAAGUUUGGCUUGUCUUUGAUCCAAAUUCUGAAAGUCGACGAGAAGAAUCAAGUUUUAGAGACCAAUGUCUGGGAAACCUUUACGUGGAAAGAUAUGCUAUUGACGUGGAACCCGAAUGAACAUGAAGGCAUCACAAAGGUUCGCGUUCCAUCUGAUCAAGUCUGGAUUCCAGAUUUAAAACUCUAUAAUUUCGCUGACCCUCGAUUGAAAGAACAACGAGAGACUCUGGUGGUAGUGGAAUAUGAUGGUGCCGUGAUGUGGAUGCCGCAAGCCAUACUGCGCAGCAACUGUCCCUUCAGCACGACGUACUUCCCUUUUGAUGCGCAGAUGUGUAGACUUAAGUUUGGUUCAUGGACUUAUGACGGAACUCAGCUGGAUUUGGAGUUCUUUCAGGACGCCCAAAUGAUGUCCCUAGCAAAUUAUCUCAGUGCCACGGAAUGGGAUAUCGUAGACAAUUUUGCCAAUAAAACGGAGUUUUUCUACGACUGUUGUCCAAAUCAACCGUACCCUGAUCUUACAUUCUACAUCAAAAUUAAAAGAAAAGUCGCUUUUUAUACUUUCAUUUUGAUUUUGCCUUGUGCUUUACUGUCUCUUCUGACGUUAGUGAUAUUUUGGGUACCACCAGAAUCGCCAGCCAAAUUAGUUCUUGGAAUGAAUGUCUUUGUCGCAUUCUUCGUCCUUCUAUUACUACUAGCCGAAUCAACUCCAAAAGCUGCUGAAAGUGUUCCAUUGAUAGGAACUUACUUCUGUCUGAGCAUGAUAAUGAUUACACUUUCUACAAUUUUGGCUGUCAUCGUAACAAACAUGUUCUUCCGAGGUGUUCGAAUUAAUCGGGCACCUGCUUGGCUUCGUAAAUUAAUGAUAGACAUUUUUGCCCGGAUAUUUUGUAUUCGGGACAAAAUUGUCGAGGACCAGCAAAUGGAGUCGUCACAGAAAGUCGUGUGCUCACAGGUCCGCCUUCUCAACGACGGGAAAGAGGAACAAACAUUCAGGCUCCCCAAACCCCCCUCUAUGCAAAACACGGGACUCACGCAGCAUCAGCAGCAGAACUCGGGCUUGCAGCACGUGUUCGAGCAGAACAAUUGCAACACGUCUCCGGAUAGCAACGACAAUGACAGAUUCACCAUACUCAAAUCCAGUCUGGCGGCCGACUUGCGCAAAAUCCGCGAAAUUAUGGAAUUCUAUAAGGACAAAAAAGAGAAAGCAGAGAAAAAGGAAAAAUAUUUGCGAGAAUGGCGAGUUAUUUGCUGUGUUACCGAUCGUCUCUUUUUUGUUUUGUAUCUGUUUGUAAACAUCUCCAUGAUCAUCGUGAUAUUCUAUGGAAUCAACUAGUUUUAAAAUAUUAGUUUGCUGCUUUUCACCCCAUCCCUCAGUUAGAGAUUACGUUUUCUGUUUUGUUUUUGGUUUCUUUUCGGCACUUGUUUGUAGGUGUCAGUUAGACUCUUAUUGAUUAGCAAACACGUUUCAAGAUUUAUUUUCACAAAUCUUGCCAGAGUGAAAUAUAUUGUAAUUUUUUCACGAGUGUACGCUUUUUCAUUAGAUGGCGGGAAUUAGGGAGUCAUUUUGAUAUUAAACAAAUGAUAAAAUUAUCAUUAAACCAUCACUACACGCUGACCUAUUAGGUUUUUUUGUGGAUGUGGAUGUUUCAAUCGUUUCAGUUCACUUAAUAUUUUAUUUUUACGAUAGUAUACGUUUAGUAUGAUGGUUAUACUUCUCAACUUAAAUUUUUUUUUUAAUAAGAAUUUAAUUCUAGUGCUUUCAUGUAAAUACGAAAUUCAUUCUAAAAGACUUUUAUAUGGAAGAAUGCUUACACAUUUUAAAAUAAUACAUACGUGUUAUUUUAUCUAUUUAACACUGUUUAUUUAUAAGACAAUUAUAAUCAUUUUUAAGUCGUUUUAAAAAUGUCCCUCACCCUUGUAGCAAAUCCUUUUUGCUACUUGUAAAUUAAAUAAGAGUCUUGUUAUAAUAUAAUUUAUAGGUCGGUUGAAAUGUUUUACUAUGCAGAAAAGUGUUAUGGAUAUGUCUGAACAAAAACAAAAAAUGGAUGAAAAUUAAAAUUUAUAAUCAUUAUGCUUGUCAUCCUUCUAGUGACAUCCAGUGUAUACUGCAUAAUUAUUGAUCACAAUUGUUAAUAAACUAUU